UCUAUAUCCCAAAUGUGCCAUACAAAACAUUUUCCACUUCCAUUCUUCAACAUCUCUGAAAGACUCAACAUUUUGUUUCAAAGCAUCAAAUUCUUCACAGAGAAAAAUGGCAAUGAUCCUUUUCCUUGUUUUCUCUCUCUUCCUCCAAGGAGCUCUAGGUGAUAUUGUAUGUGAGGAGUUGCCGGUUGGAAUGUGCACCUUCUCCAUCGCCUCUUCGGGGAAGCGAUGCCUAUUAGAGACUCAGACACCGUCGUCGAAUGGAGGCACCGAGGCGGCAUACCAGUGCAAGACAUCAGAGGUGGUUGUGAAGAACAUGCCAGAGUGGAUUGAGAGUGAGGAGUGCAUUAGUGCAUGUGGAGUUGAUAGAUACUCAGUUGGGAAGAUCUCAUCGGAUUCACUCAUCGAGCCUCAAUUCACCUCCAAGCUCUGUGCACCUGCCUGUUACCAAAACUGCCCUAACGUUGUUGAUCUCUACUACAACUUGGCUUUGGCUGAAGGAACAUCUUUACCGGAGUUGUGCAAGAUUGAGCAAACCAAUCCACGCCGUGCAAUGAUACAGAUUUCAAGUUCCGGUUCAGCUUCCGGUCCAGUCUCUGCUGCAGCUUUUGGUCCGGCCUCUACUGAAUCCCUUGCUUGUUCUCCAGCUUCUAUUUAAUCAAUUGUCACAAAUACAUAAUACAUUUCCAAUCCAGCAGAUCAAUUAAGUUACUUUUGUUUAGUAACAUUUAUAUAUAUAUAUAUACAUGUAUAUCAUAUGUGUGAAGUAAUACUUGAGAGAGAGAAUGUAUUAUGUUGUUUAUGAUCAAUUGGAAUA